UCUCCUACCCUACACCCCACCGUUAUCUCCGCGAAGAAGGGAGCUCUUCGUCUUGUUUGCCAACUAGCCUCUCAUAGGAUAGAACCCCUCGAGGUGACCCAUCUCAAGCAACUUGCUGAAAGGACUGACUUUGGCAAUAUUUUGCAUUUAAGAAGCUUAGUUAUGUUCGUCCUCGCCUUUUCCGGCUUUUUCAGAAGUUCAGAAUUAUGUCUCAUUUGUAUUAAGCAUGUUCAAUUCUUUUCUAGUUACGUUACUAUUUUUAUUAAGAAAAGCAAAACAGAUCAAUUAAGAGAAAGCCGUGCUGUCGUCAUCGCUGAAACCCGUUCGUCUACUUGUCCUUGCUAUCUUCUCAUGGCGUACAUGAGCAAAACGCAUAGAGCCGGGAAUUCUGACGACUAUCUUUUUCGUCCUAUUUCGUCUUCAGAAUAUCGUAAGCGUUUAGUUUUGGUUAACAAGCCUAUCAGUUACUCUGCGUACAAGGAUUCCUUUAAGUAGUCUUUUUCGGAUAUUGUACCUGACAUAUCAAGGUUUAGUACUCAUUCCACGAGAUCAGGAGGAGCUACUUUGGCAGCCAAUUCAGGCGUCUCGGAGAGAAACAUUCAGCGUCACGGUCGCUGA